AUGUUCAUCCAAUUUAAAACGGUUUCUAAAUUAAACCAAUUGGUGAACACGAUGUCAAAACUCUGUUUCGACGAACGAGUCGUAGUAGUAACCGGAGCUGGAGCUGGAUUGGGAAAAGCCUACGCUUUGCUAUUCGCAUCAAAAGGUGCCAAAGUGGUAGUUAACGACCUAGGUAGCAGCAGACACGGCGACGGAGCGAGCCGUGUCGCGGACACAGUAGUCUCUGAAAUAAAGUCCCAAGGUGGACAAGCGGUCGCAAAUUACGACAAUGUUUUAGACGGCGACAAAAUAAUAAAGACGGCAAUUGACAACUUUGGUCGUAUCGACGUACUGGUGAACAAUGCCGGAAUCCUCCGUGAUAAAUCAUUCGCCCGCAUGUCAGAAGAUGACUGGGACAUAAUACAAAAUGUCCAUGUAAAAGGCGCAAUGCGUGCAACAAAAGCCGCCUGGCCAUACUUCAAGCAGCAGAAGUACGGCAGGAUAAUAUUUACAUCAAGUAACAGCGGGCUUUACGGUAACUUCGGGCAAGCUAAUUACAGCUCUGCUAAAAUGGCACUUGUCGGUCUAGCAAACACUCUUGCAAUUGAAGGACAGUCCAGUGGAAUAAACACAAACGUUAUUGUCCCAACAGCUGGUUCACGUUUGACCGAAGACAUAGUCCCGGCGGAUUUCUACAAUCAGUUGAAGCCUGAGUUGAUAGCGCCAGUGGUAGCUUGGCUCUGUCAUGAAGAUUGCACCGAGAAUGGCUCGAUUAUUGAAUCAGCCCUCGGCUGGGCUGGUAAGUGUCACCUAAUACGUUCCAAUGGUAGUAUUUUACGUAAGAGUCUUAAAGAUUCACUGACACCUGAGACUGUCCGUGAUAACUGGGAUCAAGUUACUGAUAUGUCUACCGCUAAACGCUGCGAGUCUAUCGCUGAGGCUACCGGUGAGUUGAUGAACGUAAUUGAGCAACUUUCUAGCAGUAAAACUAGUGAUUCAUCAUCCUCGAGGUCUUUUGAUCCUAAGUACACGAUCAAGUACACUUAUGACGUAAAAGACGCGAUUCUUUAUGCACUGGGUGUUGGAGCCACCACCAAGAAUCCAGAUGACUUUCAGUAUUUAUAUGAAAAUCACGAAAAUUUCUCGGUGGUGCCUAGUUACUUUGUUAUAUUUGGACCACUAGGAGCUCUUGGUUCUGAUAUGCUUGUCACGGCGCUUCCUAACUUGGGUGAAAUAAAUAUCGCGGGGAUUUUACACGGCGAACAGUAUUUGAAAGUCCUGAAAAAAAUUCCUACUGAAGCAAAUGUUGAAACGCGCUUCAGGAUCCAAGAAACGCUGGACAAGGAAAAAAUGGCUGUAAUUUUGAUAGAGCAUGAAACUAUUGAUGUAAAAAGUGGAGAAAAGCUAGCAGUUGGACAGAUGGCUGGGGUCAUUAAGGGUGCUGGAGGCUUUGGAGGACCUAGGAACUCGGACCACGAGGUCCCGUUGAUAGACGCGCCGAAAAGAAAUCCGGAUAUUUCUGUUACUCAGCAGACUUGUGUAGAUCAGGCUGCUAUUUAUCGGCUGGCUAGUGGUGACAUGAACCCACUGCAUAUUGAUGCUAAUAUUUCGGUAAUGGGUGGCUUUGAGAGGCCUAUUCUUCAUGGACUUUGCUCGCUUGGGUUCGCCACCAGACAUAUUCUUCAAACUUUUGCUCGCGGUGAUACUGAGCUGUUUGAUUGUGUUAAAGCCAGGUUCGUUAAACCAGUUAUUCCUGGACAGACUCUGCGCACUGAUAUGUGGAGAGAAGGCAAGCGGAUUCAUUUUCAGACUAUUGUUGUUGAAAAUAAUUCACCUGUUAUCUCCGGGGCUUAUAUUGAUCUUAAGGAUGUCAAGUUGGGGAAUCAGACUUCUAAACUUUAG